AUGAAGUGUAUCAUUGCUGUCGCUACCGUCCUGCUGCUGGCCAUCGGAUCGUCCCAGGCUGACUACCAUGCCAAGGGUUAUGGCAAACCGGCCGCCCACUACGGAGGUGGACACGGUGGACAUCAUGUGCCGUGCGGAUCGAACCUGCUGCUGAGCUGCCACCCGAACGUUGCCCACGUGCCCUGCGUUCCGGCCCACGGUGGACACCACGAGUACCAUCAUGCUCCGGCCCCAGCUCACCAUCACGCUCCGGCCCCGGCUUACCAUGCCCCAGCUCCGGCUUACCACGCACCGGUCCAUCAUGCUCCGGCACCGACCAAGUAUUAG